UUUCUCUCUCUCUCUGUUUCUCUCUCUUUCUGUUUCUCUCUCUAUGCAAAACAUCUUUAUUUUCUCUAGUUAUUUUCCAUGCUAAUGAAUCCAGGUCUUAAUGAUGUCAGACCCUCAACACCAUCAUCAGUCAUGCUCUCAAGCCCUCCAGAUCUCUGAAAUGAUCCAGUCUCGGGACACAACGCUGAGAGAUUGCUCAAUUUCUCAAUUUUUCCUUCCUCUUGGAGAAACUAAGAGUGGUGGAAAAGCUCAGCUGAAGUUGGGAGAUCAUCUAAGUUUUACUAGUAUCAUUCCCAGGUACCACCUGGUGAAGCUGCUGGAGAGGUUUGGGAAGGUGAAACUGUUUGACUUCCUGUUCCACAAGUCUGGACCAAUGGAGGGCCAGCCCCGAGGAUACUGCUUCGUUAACUUCCACACCAAAGAGGAAGCAGGGAGGGUAAUCCAUUGUCUGAAUGGGAAGCUGGCCCUGUCCAAAAAGCUGGUGGUGCACUGGGCACACGCACAGGAGUGCGACGAUCUGUGCGAUGGAGGCCAAGCUUCAGAUGAUGGAGGAGAACCCAGAUGGAGAGGAGAUACCAGGGCCCCUCAGCCUACAUGUACAACAAGCCCCCAGAGAAGAAACUCCCACAGCCCUACAGCAGACCCUUCCGAAAGUUCCGGAGAUGACACAAAUGGGACGGAGACAGACCAUCCAACACCUAGGCUUGAACAAUUCCGGUAACUUUCCCAAAAUGUCCAGGUUUUCCAGAAAUCCCAGUUUGAAGAUUCCCAGCAUCAGACGGGAAUACGCAGGAAAUCCAGAAUUCUCCAACCAGGAUUUGUGGAAAACUUGGGAAUGUUGGUGAAGUUACUGGAAUUUGGAUUAUGGUGUAAUUGUUAAGUUAUUAUUACACUGUAGUGGAAGUAGCCUGAGUGCCCGUCUGUUUGUACUAUCAUGCCAACUCCUCGUCAUUCAUUGUCAUGUUUGGCUUGACAAUGACUGCAAUGGAGUUGGCAAGAGCACAAACAGAUCUGGGACCAGGCUACAGUGGGAGAGAGAUCAGGCCACCAAACCAAACCUCAGUACUGUAUUGCUUCAGGUUUGGGCAGACAGCAAAUCAAGCCAUUUGACAGGUAAAAUCCUCACACUGUCUGUUUUAUUUUGACCUAGUGUGUAUUCUUACUUGGGAGAGGAGGGAUUUUUAAUUUGAGGAGUGUUGUUUUUCUAAUCUUAUUUUCUGUAACUUUUAACGGCUGUAUAUUGUAUGAUGUGUACAAUAUCACACCUUCCAUUUCUCUUACUGUUGUUUAUUGUAUUGUGUCAUUUCUCUCUUUGCCGUUCAGUGUUGGGAGUUUGAUGACAUUAUUACCCUUAAUAAUUACCAAUUUUCCAGGGGAUGUUGUCACAAAGCUUCUCAGAGAAGGGAGUGCUUAUCUAGGAUCAGGUCCCCCCUCUUAUUCAUUAUAAUGUAAAAGGGAAGCCUAGAUCGGCACUCCUACUCUGGGAUGCUUUGUGAAUAUAGGCCCUGAUUUAAUGGAUCAUAUAAUGUUUCCUAUACAUGCUCAGUCUGAGUCCCUUAUUUAGCAUGUUAUGUUGGUCUGUAGUCACAAAUGGGAAGACAUGGCAUAAAACUGAGUAGUUGUCUCCUUUCUGUGUUUCUUGUGAUCAAAGGUCAUGAAAAUGUAUUUAAUUCGUAUUUGAUUAUGUUUGAGUGUGAUUUGAUGGCAACUUUGUACAAUAUAACUAUUUUUAUUAAUUCUAUGACACCCAGUAAACCCAGAAAAGCUCAACCCAUGCAUGGUUCCAUCAGUAAACCCAGAAAAGCUCAACCCAUGCAUGGUUCCAUCAGUAAACCCAGAAAAGCUCAACCCAUGCAUGGUUCCAUCAGUAAACCCAGAAAAGCUCAACCCAUGCAUUGUUCCAUCAGUAAACCCAGAAAAGCUCAACCCAUGCAUGGUUCCAUCAGUAAACCCAGAAAAGCUCAACCCAUGCAUUGUUCCGUCAGUAAACCCAGAAAAGCUCAACCCAUGCAUGGUUCCAUCAGUAAACCCAGAAAAGCUCAACCCAUGCAUGGUUCCAUCAGUAAACCCAGAAAAGCUCAACCCAUGCAUUGUUCCGUCA